AGUAAUUGGGCUCUGCGGCUCCUCGCGAUUUUACCAGUUCCCAUCCGUUUAGCAAACGCCUUUAGCAAACGCCCGUUUAGCAAACACCUCCUCCGUCCUUUGGAUGAGGGCGGGGCUAAAAGGGAGAUGCUGCCUGGUGAUUGGUUGUGUCGCGUUAGUAACGCGGCUACAGGGAGUUGGACAGUUCAGUCUUUGAUUGGUUGCUGAGAGGCGGGGCUACUCGACUGCUCCGGAGGUAGCGGCCGCGGUGAGGAGAGCCAUGGGACAGGCAGUCAAGGUUUUACAGCUCUUUAAAACACUGCACAGGACCAGACAACAAGUUUUUAAAAAUGAUGCCAGAGCAUUAGAAGCAGCCAGAAUAAAGAUAAAUGAAGAAUUCAAAAAUAAUAAAAAUGAAACUUCUCCUAAGAAAAUAGAAGAGCUAAUGAAAAUAGGUUCUGAUGUUGAAUUAUUACUCAGAACAUCUGUUAUACAAGGUAUUCACACAGACCACAAUACACUGAAACUGGUCCCUAGGAAAGACCUUCUUGUAGAAAAUGUGCCAUAUUGUGAUGCACCAAUUCAGAAGCAAUGAGUUUUCUAGAAUACAACAAGUCUUUGUACUUUUUAACUUUAAAAUCUACAACUCUGGCAAAAGUCCUGGAAAUGCAGACAUUUUCCCUGAACUGGCAUAUUGAAAAUGAAUGAAUUACAGAAUAGCUUCAUAUUUAAAUUUCAUGUUAAAAGGUCAUUACUGAGAACUAAAGAACAUAAUUAAGUAUUUCUAAAGGAAAUUAGAUAAGAAAACAUUUCAUUUUCAUUGAAAAUCAAAUUUCAUAAAGCAAAAUAAACGCUUAGGGAGAUCUAUUCAGUCUUUGACCUUGAAGAGUAUUUGGUCUUACCAUAGCUAUUUGAGAAUGUGGUGCGUUUACAAAUUGGCGAGUUUUCCUGCCAUGUGAAAUGCAAUUACUACAUUUAAAUUAUUAGAUUAAAAUGGUAUUUAGUCCUGAAAAAUAUUAAAUUGGUCAAAAAAAUCACAGUGUAUGCCAGCUCUCUACAGAAAGUGGCCUUUGUUUUCUAAAGCACUGGGAUUAUUUCUGUAGCUAAUAUAUAAUUGUACAGUUUCUUUUUAGAGAUAGGGAGUAUCUCUGUGUUCUUAUGAAGACAUUUUUUAUCAGUUUUCUGAAAAUAGAUGAAUAAAAUAUUAUAGUCACCUAGGGUCACUAUGGAAUAAAGAAAUCCUAGUUUAAAGAGGAAAUAGUGGCCCUUGAUCAAACUAUUUAAUAUGGCCUUAGUAGAAUUAGCUGUAUUUAGACAAAGUUAGACUUUACUGCGAAAUGUAAUGGGUGGCUACAUUCCCUUCAUUUUAAUUAAUGAAACUUAAAUGGCUUCUCUUCUUCCACAUGUCCUGUCCUUGACAAGAUGGGCAGUACCACAAAAGGUCCUGGCAUUCUACCAUCUAACACUAGGAACUGUAAAAUCCUGUUUAAUAUUCUUCUUGUUUCUCUUUUAUCUGUGUAUCUUUGCCAUUCUAUUUUCUCAGUGAAUAGUAUGUUUUCUCCCAUCCACUGAUAAAUUCUCUCAUUUGAUGAUGAUACAGGGUUUUUAAUUUUUGCAAGGUUCUCAAUGAAAGCAUUGUUAUGUAUCUAGAAAUUAUACCUAGAGAAAAAUGAAAGUUGUUUCAAAUUUGAAAUUUGCCCUUUUAAGAGAAUGCUGAAUGUCAUCACAGUAUAUAAUCACUAUAUAAAUGUGCUGACUUAGUUAUUUUAGUGUCUAUAUGACGUAUUUUGAGGAAAGUUGGCUGACGUUAUUUAAAUUUAAUAUAUAUUCUAUAUUUUAGUGUUAUUGAAUAUUUUAUCACUGAGCAUUUUUUCUUUAACCUGAAUUCCUUGGUUCCAUUUUUCAUUCAUGUUGAUUUAAAUAACUCCAGAUUUCUUUCUUAUAGUCAUUAUUAGUAGCAGAUGAGAUUAAUAAUUCAUAUGGUUAUUAAAGAUAGUGGCUUAGAGAUUUUAAGAUAUAUUGAUAUAGGCCUGGGUGCUGUGGCUCACACCUGUAAUCCCAGCACUUUAGGAGGCCGAGGUGGGCGGAUCACAAGGUCAGGAGUUCAAGACCAGCCUGGCCAAUAUGGUGAAACCCCGUCUCUACUAAAAACACAAAAAUUAGCCAGGUGUGGUGGCGGGCACCUGUAGUCCCAGCUACUCGGGAGGCUGAGGCAGGCAAAUUGCUUGAACCUGGGAGGCGGAGGUUGCAGUGAACCGAGGUUGUGCCACUGCACUCCAGCCUGGCAGACAGAGUGAGACUUUAUCUAAAAAAAAAAAGAUAUAUUGAUAUAGAUAGGUAGAUAUGAUAUUGUACUUUCAUGCCAUAAGACUACACAAUAAAGUUCCUGAAAGUUUCUGGCUGGGUGCAGUGGCUCACGCCUGUAAUCCCAGCACUUUGGGAGGCCGAGGCAGGCAGAUCACCUGAGGUCAAGAGUUCUAGACCAGCCUGACCAACAUGGAGAAACCCCGUCUCUACUAAAAAAAAUACAAAAUUAGCCAGGCUUGGUGGCAUUUGCCUGUAAUCCCAGCUACUUGGGAGACUGAGGCAGGAGAAUCACUUGAACCUGGGAGACGGAGGUUGCAGUGAGCCGAGAUCGCACCAUUGCACUCCAGCCUGGGCAACAAGAGUGAAACUCCGUCUCAAAAAUAAAUAAAUAAAGUUCCUGUGAAGUAUAUAAACAUGUCAACAACAGGCUUGACUGUCACAAAAUUCUGAAAGAUGUGGCACUCUGUUCUUAUAUAGCAUAUGCUAAUUUAUUUAUUUUUUGAGAUUGAGUUUUGCUGUGUCACUCAGGUUGGAGUGCAGUGGCACGAUCAUGGCCCACUAAAGCCUUGACCACUGGGGCUCAGCAAUUCUCCCAACUAAGCCUCCCAAAUAGCUGAGACUAGAGGUAUGCACCACUACACCUAGCUAUUUUUUUUAAUUUUUAGUAAGGACAGGGUCUCACUGUGUUGGCCAGGCUGGUCUCAAAUUCCUGAGCUCAGGUGAUCCUCCCACCUCAGCCUCCCAAAGUGCUGGGAUUACAGGUGUAAGCCACUGCACCCUGCCUAUUCUUAUUAUCAUAUAUUUAUAUUUCAAAUGGAUUUUAACUGGUUAUUUAAUAGUUUAAUUAGAUAAAGUAAUUCAUGGCUGGGCGUGGUGGCUCACACCUGUAAUCCCAGCACUUUGGCAGGCUGAGGCAGGUGGAUCACCUAAGGUCGGGAGUUCAAGACCAGCCCGACCAACAUGGAGAAACCCCAUCUCUAUUAAAAAUGCAAAAUUAGCAGGACGUGGUGGCGCACACCUAUAAUCCCAGCAAGUCAGGAGGCUGAGGCAGGAGAAUUACUUGAGCCAGGGAAGCGGAGGUUGCGGUGAGCUAAGAUCGCACCACUGCACUCCAGCCUGAGAGAACAAGACUCCAUCUCAAAAAAAGAAAAAAGAAAACUUUUUUACACAUGGGUAUCUCACCAUGUUGCCCAGGCUGUAGUGCAGUAGCUAUUCAUAGGCACAGUCAUAGCACACUACAGCCUAGAAUUUCUGACCUCAUGCGAUCAUCCUGCCUCAGCCUCCUAAGUAGCUAGGACUACAGGUGCAUACCACCAUAACCAGCUUUAAUUAAAUGUUUUUUAUUUGGUUAUUUUUUUUAAGUUUUCUAUAUGCACACAAGGGGUUGCCCAAAUAUAAUUUUGCUUUGACUAUUGAGAUCUAGUGAAAGUGGGGUAUAUGAAUUCUAAUUGCAAAUAUCCAGGCUCAGAGGUCCAGCAGGACUUUCUAACACAAUCUUUUAGCGGAAGUUAGAAAUGGUGGCCGGGCGCGGUGGCUCACGCCUGUAAUCCCAGCACUUUGGAAGGCCGAGGCGGGCGGAUCAUGAGGUCAGGAGAUCGAGACCAUCCUGGCUAACACAGUGAAACCCUGUCUCUACUAAAAACACAAAAAAAUUAGCCGGGCGUGGUGGCGGGCGCCUGUAGUCCCAGCUAUUCGGGAGGCUGAGGCAGGAGAAUGGCGUGAACCCGGGAGGCGGAGCUUGCAGUGAGCAGACAUCGAGCCACUGCACUCCAGCCUGGGCAACAGAGCCAGACUCCAUCUCCAAAAAAAAAAAAGAAGAAAAAAAAAGAAAUGGUAUAUAGCAGGAGAGUCAGAUUUGAGAAGCAUAUGUAGAUUCGAAGCUGGGGGAAUAUGGCAGGUAGUUUGUACAACAUCUAAUUCAGAACAUUAAAAUUAAGAUUUUAGUCAAACUGUGUUUAAGUUCUUAUUUUCCUGUAUAUGCAUCUCACAGCAUCAGUACAAUACCAAAAAAGCACAUGAGAAUAAGAAUAUGUGGAAUUUCUAUGCCUAUUGAUAAAGCACAUAAUUUAACUGUAAACACAAAGCCAUAGGUCAAGAAAGAAAUGAAGAUUCCAGUUCUGAGGGUGAGUGUUCUGAAGUCAAAGUGGAUACAUGCAAAAUUAACAGUUUUACUGCAUAUCAGUUGUCACCAGUCAGAAAUGGAAAACAGAUCCUAUUUAUAAUUGCAAACAAAACUGUAAAAUAGACUUUUAAAAUAAGCUAUAACACUUAAAAAGGAGAGAUAUACUACGUUCCUAGAUAGGACAAUUGAAAAUUCUGGAGAUGACAGUUUUUCAAAAAUUUAUUGAGGCCAGGUGCAGUGGCUCACGCCUGUAAUCCCAGCACUUUGGGAGGCCGAGGUAGGCGGAUCACCUGAGGUUGGGAGUUCGAGACCAGCCUGACCAACAUGGAGAAACCCCGUCUCUACUAAAAAUACAAAAUUAGCCAGGUGUGGUGCUGCAUUCCUGUAAUCCCAGCUACUCGGGAGGCUGAGGCACGAGAAUCGCUUGAACCCAGGAGGCAGAGGUUGCAGUGAGCUGAGAUCACACCAUUGCACUCCAGCCUGGGCAACAAGAGCGAAACUCCAUCUCAAAAAAAGAAAAAACAUUUAUCGAAAUCCCAACAAAUUGACAAAUAUAUCCACAUAAAAAUAUAAAACUUCUGUAUUCUGUGAAAGCUACUAUAAAUAAAGUUUAGAGAGUUAUUUGCCACCUAUGUCAUGAUUGAAAUAGUUAAUUGAUCCUGUGAAUCAAUUAGCAAAACAUAACUGAAUGGAAAGAUGGGCAAAUGAUACAAAUAAGAAAUUCACAAAAGACGAAAUACUAAGUCUCUCUAGUGAUGAGAGAAAUGUAAAUUAAAAUGAAACAUGUUUGUUCAUCAAGUUGUCACAAGUUAAACAAUCAUAUCCAAUAUUUGUAAAGGCUGUAAGACUGUAAGGAAAUAGGCACUGUCAUAUCAUUUUUAAAGGAAUAUAAAUUAUAGGGCCUUUUGUUUCUUUGGGUUUUGUUUUUUUUGUUUUUUUUUUUUUUAGAGACAAGGUCUCUCCAUGUUGUCUAGGCUGAACUCGAACUUCUGGACUCAAGCAACAUCAUUAAUAGCUGAGAGUGGAGACUCCCAACAUCAUUAAUAGCUGAGAGUAGAGACUCGAGCCACCACACCUGACUAUAGGGCCUUUUUGAAAGGAAAAUUGACAUCAUCAAAAUUUUAAAGAUAUUCAGUCUAUUUCUCAAAAACUCACAAGAAUACUAAUAAAUGUGUACUCAGAUAUAUGUACAGAAUUGCUGUAACAUUAUAAUUUUAAACAAUUUAAAACAGACUAAGUUUCCAAAGUUAGGGUACAAUGAAAGAAAAGGUGGCUUAUUUAUACUCUGGAAUAUUUCCAAGAGUUGAAAAGGAUGAGGAUACACACACACACACACACACACACACACACACACACACACACGCAGAUUGGGUAUCCCUAAUCCAGAAAUUCAAAUGCUCCAAAGUCCAAAACUUUCUGACUCACCAACGUGACUGAUGCUCAUAGGAAAUGGCCACUGGAAGAUUUCAGAUUUUCAGAUUUGGAAUGCUCAACCAGUAAGUAUAUAAUGCAAAUAAGCCAAAAUACAAAAAAAAAAAAAAAUGAAAUCUGAAACACUUCUGAUCCCAAGCAUUUCAGAAAAGGGAUAUUCAUUGCGUGUGUGUGUGUAUGUGUGUGUGUGCGCACGCGUAAGCAGGUGUUGCUAGAAAUUCACUUAUAUAUAAGAAAAUGAUUUUUGUGUACAUAUUUGCAUAUAUUUGUACAAAUGGGUAGAAACGAUAUAUGAUAAAUGUUAGUAGUUAAUUGAGGAGGAAAAUAGAUUUAGGGAAGGAAGCAGUAAAUGAGAACUUUUAUUCUAUUUACUCCUGCACGUUUAAAUAUUGUUUACAGUGAGUGUAUCAACAUGUAAGUGUUAAAAGACAAUAAGCUACUAGUGAUUUUUAAUAUAAAAUUAAUUAUAAAAUAUUUUAAAUAUUAGCAAAUAAUAUAGCACACUCAUGAACCUAAUUCCCACGUUUGAUAGUUGUUACAUUUUGCCAUAUUUGUUUAAAGGUCUAAGUCAUAAAGUCUUAUAAAGCUAAACCCCACCCUUCUCUUUCUCCUCUCUCUCCAGGAAUAAUUACUGUUUUAUAGUUUGUGGAUAUCAUUCCCAUACUUGUGUUUAUACUUUUACCAAGUGUUUAUGUAUUCAAAAAACAGUUGUUUUGUGAUUUUAAAAUGUAAAUAAGUGGUGUUAUGCUGCAUGUAUUCUGCAACUUUUCAUCAUACGUUAGGUCGUGGCGAUUUAGCCAUAAUUUGACAUGAAUUUAGGUCUUUUAUGUUUUAUUCCAUUGUAAGAAUAAACAAGUUUGUUUAUUCA